AUGGAUACAGUUGGAAUUUUGGUAUGCUACAAUGGAAGUUGGGUUAAGAAGGAUAACAUUGAGAGUUAUGAAGGUGGGGAGGCUAAAGGCAUAAUAGUGUCACGGAACGUAACGUUUUCCGAACUUGUUGAACGCAUUUAUAAGAUCAUAGAUGCAGAGCCCACGAAAUAUAGUGUCACAUUGAAGUAUUCAGUUCCUGUAUCCGCAUCUGUCAGUAAGCACAUAAUGGUUGAAGACAAUGAUGAUGUUCAGUAUUUUCUCAAGUACAACACAGAUGUUAUGGCCUCUAAAGUAACCCCUUUAGUAGCAAGCUUGAAAAAUAUCGAAGGUCAUGGUAUUGAAGGGUGCAAUGGCAUUGUAAGCGUUGAGAGUAGCAAUGCUCCUGCUACCUUUGUUGUGGAACGAAGAAAUGUGGUAAUUUCGCACAAUGAACCUGAAAAUGGUGGGAAUGGUUUUAAUUGGAGUGAUUGGGUUGAAGAAGUUCAUUUUGAAAGCGGUGAAAACAUAGUUGCUGAUUUGUAUCAACCUAGCAAUGAAGAGGAACCGUACUCUGCACCAAUUGUGCAUCCUCCUGAGGACAGCAAUGCAGAACCCUCCACUGUGCAGUGUAGACAGGCGCAAUCUGAACCUCCCCGGCAAUCAAGUUCGAGUGAAAUGCAUACAAUUUGGGUUGAUUCGAAGCAUGGUGAGAGUGUGGAAUAUAUUGGUUAUGGUGGAGGCCUUUCGUGCAUAAAUUGGGAAGCAAAUUUGAAGGUUGGCCGAGUUUAUCCAAAUAAGAUUGCCCUUUUAAAAACCAUCAGUUUAGCAGCAAUUAGAGGCCACUUUCGGUUCAGAACAGUCCAAUCUGGGAAGCGUCGAUUUUGUGUUCGCUGUUGGCAGGUGCCUUGCCCUUGGAAACUUCGGGCAUAUAAAGUUGGAUUACAUGAGUUUAAGGUUGUUAAAUACGAUCCACUUCAUGAAUGUGAUCUGAGGUUUGUAAGUAGUCACCAUCCUCAAGCUACGGCCGAAUUGGUGUCUGACUGUGUUAAAUGGAGAUUUCAGGAUUCGCGCAGCAUUUAUACUGCAGCUGAUAUAAAGACAGAUGUGAAAAAAAAAUUUGGUGUCAGCAUAAGCUACUCUACAGCUUGGAGAAGCCGAGAGUUAGCUUUCAAAACAAUGAGAGGGUCUGCAGAAGAGUCGUAUUCCCUUCUCCCUUCCUAUUGUUAUGAAUUAGAGCGUACAAAUCCGGGAACUUUGACAUACAUUCAGACUGAUGCAGCCGACCACUUCUUAUAUUUUUUUAUGUCAAUUGGUGCAUGCAUACGAGGAUUUAAGUCGUCAAUGCGGCCCGUGAUUGCUGUUGAUGCUACCCAUUUGAAGUGCAAGUAUAAAGGUGUUUUGUUUGUUGCGACAGCAUUUGACGGAAAUCACAACAUAUAUCCUGUUGCCUUUGGGAUUGGAGAUUUGGAGACGGAUGCAGCAUGGGAGUGGUUUUUGAGAAAAUUACAUUGUGCAAUUGGUGAUUGCUCGAAUCUUGUUGUCAUAUCUGAUCGCAAUGUUAGCAUACAACAUGGGUUGCGUAGAGUUUUUCCUGGGGCAAGCCAUGGUAUUUGCUUUUAUCACUUGAAGGGCAAUAUGAAAGCCUCAUUUCACUUGAAGCAAUGGGAUCCGAUAUUGGGGUAUUUUGUAAGGGUAGCGAAGUCUUAUCGUCUAGCGGAGUUCAAUCGUCACUUCUCGAUGAUAAACAAUGAGCGAGUGAGAACUUAUCUACUACGUGCAGGCGUUCAGAAGUGGUCUCGGGCCCACUGUGAUGGACGACGCUAUAAUGUGAUGACAACGAAUAUUGUGGAGUCCAUUAAUUCAGUUCUUCGUUUUGCAAGGAUGCUUCCGAAGUUAAGGAAGAGGUUAGAAGCUGCGUCAAGGAUGAAUGUGGUCAAAAUCAAUGAUGUCGAGUAUAAUGUUCUGGAUGGUGAUUUGAACGGUCUGGUGCACUUGGCAAACCGUAGUUGUACGUGCAAGAAGUUUGACUUGGAGCAACUCUCGUGCAAGCAUGCUAUUGCGGUAUGCCGGUCCGUCGCAAAUGCAAGAGUACCUUCCAAGGAGAGGACUCCCGGCAAAAAAAAUGCUCAAGUUGUUCAGUUUGUACCUCAGUUGUCAUCAACUGUGAAGUUCAUGAAUAGGUUCGGUGAUGCUGCAGGGAUGGAAGUCCGUCAAUUAAACGGUCAUGUGAAGCAUAUGGAACAAGGUAACAAGUUCCUUGCAAUGAGAGCCUAUUAUUAG